UAAUUAAUAUAGAUUUCUUCUUGCCAAAUAUAAUACUAAAUAAAGAUCUACAUUUAGAAUCUAGAUAGGUCUAGAUUUCAUCUUAGAAGAUCUUGUUUUUCUACAUUCUGUGGUGCAUUGAAAAAUGAGAUUGUUGGUACUGCAAAUUCCUUGUAAUAGUGGAUGAUCAUGACUGAUGUAGAUGAAAUCAAGAUUUAGAGUUGCAUGUACUAGCAGUUAUUUGUAAGAACAGAGUUGUGGAGCAGGCAAUGAAGUCAUGACUUGUAAUUGUAAAGUUCCUGCUCUUGUGGAGUCUCAUGACUUAGCUGGACUUCAAAAGGCAAUAGAAGACCCCAACAUGACAUGUUUCACUUACCCCUGUCAUUUUCAACCUGGCCUGAAUAAACAUAUGAGAGAAUAUAUCAUGGAAAACCAAAGUGUUGUGGAAAGAGCUUGUGUCUUGGGGUACUUUGACAUCCUGGAGCUGUUUCUUGAGAAUGGAUGCAGUGCCAACUUGCCGACAAGUCACGGACGUCUGAUCCACACAGUGCUGACGUCACUCAAGUCACACCGCCAGUUGUUGGAAAACGGGACAGCUCUGAGGGUUAUCCGUCUGCUUCUCUCCAUGGACUGCGAUGUGAAUGUGAAAAACUACAAAGGGAAAUCACCCCUGAUGUUGGUGUCAGAGUUGGCCGACCCUGACCUGAUGAAGCUGUUGUUACAUCACUGCCUGGACUGGCAGAUAACCACAGCCAACAAGGACAACUGGCACACGCCCCUGCAUAUGGUCUGUAUGAAGGGCAGCGUCCAGUGUCUGUCUCUUCUUCUCCCGCGGCUACACCUGGAAGACUUGCACAGGGUGGACAUGAACAACUUCUCACCUUUGACCUGCAGUCUAAUGGUGAUGAGGAACAAUUUAGUCUUCCACGGCGAAGACAGCCGAACUGAAAAAUCCCUGCUCAAAGUCCAGUACAGCCAUUUUGCCGUAGUUGAGAUAAUCAUACAAGCCAAUAAUAAAUUUUGCACGCGCUCAAAGAAAAAAGAUUUCCCUAACUUAUGGACAGGUCUGCGUAUUGCUCUAGAAACUUCUCAUCGUUAUGAAUUAAUGCGAAAUGCAUCAACACUAUGUACAAACCAUACACCUGAAGGCUUAGACAAAAAGUUUAAUUCAUUGUAUGCAGAAUUAGUCCGCAUGUUUGUUCAGUAUUGCAAUAUCCAGUUUGUUUUCUUGAAGGAUUUACUGGCGUGGAAAAAUAAAAACCCUUGUAAGCAUGAACUGGUGAGAGAAGUGGAGGAGUUUGUAGAACAGAGAGAUCUAGUAUCCACUAAACCGUCUAGUCUUCUAUGCCAGUGCAGGAAGGUCAUAAGGUUACACCUGGCGACCUGCGACCAGCUAUACAUGUUGGAGACAUUGCCGUUACCCAGAAAACUAAUUGACUAUGUCAGGUUUCUGGAGUUCUGAUGGUGGGACACAGUGCUUGUGAAUGUGGAGUAAUUCAGUGAAGGUGGGAAUCCAGUAACAUGUGUACAGGGUGUAGGAUAGCCUGUACAUUAUGAUGAUAUGAUGUGUCAUUGCUGGCAGUAACAGUGCUACUGAGUCAGUGAUAACAGCAUAUUUGAUGAUGGUAUUGUUGUGUGAAGUACCAUUGCUAACAUCUUAUAUUAUGAUGGUAUUGUGUAAGGUACCAUUGCUAGCAGCAUAUUUGAUGAUGGUAUUGUCGUGUGAAGUACCAUUGCUAACAGCUUAUUUGAUGUUGGUAUUGUUGUGUGAAGUACCAUUGCUAACAGCAUAUUUGAUGUUGGUAUUGUUGUGUGAAGUAUUGCUAACAGCAUAUUUGAUGAUGGUAUUGUUGUGUUAGAUAUCAUUGCUAACAUCAUAAUUGAUGAUGGUACUAUGUGAAUAUCAUUGCUAACAGCCUAUUUGAUGAUGGUAUUAUUACCAUUGCUAACAGCUAUACGAUCUCUUGUUUAUUAAAAUAAAAGAAGUUGAAAGUAUUAGUUUAGUAUCUCCUUGAAUAUUUGAAAAAGAUGGCUACUUUACCAUCACAAAUUCAAAACAAGUUUCUAAUUAAACCUUGGGUUGGGUUGAUUAAUAAUAUUUUUUUAAAGGCUUUCAACACUUGAACAAGGGAGACAAUGCCAUUUUUGUUAAUCAUUGCCCUUUAUAACUUCUAUUUAUAUCCCUUCUCCCACUAAUUAAAUUAUAAAUCUUCCCCUGCUUCAUCACAGUAUUUCUCUCAUUGUUCAACUUCUCAUUAUUGUUUCUCAUCAUUGUGUGCCAUAAUUUAUUUAUUUGUAACCUCAUUCUUAUGUGCCCUCAUUCCUGAACAUGCAUUAAAAAUUGAAGAAAAAA